AUGGCUCCCACCCAACCCUUACUGUCGUCUAAGGACAUUGAGAAACCUAAACUAAGAAGAAUAGGAAAGAACCAAAGAAUUCAAAAGCGACCCCUCCUCCACCCCGCAAUCGCGUCACCCCGCUCCUCUUCCGAGAAAGUCGUCUACGUCUCUCCCAGUUCACCAUUCAUCGCAAUUGUAAAGCGGGUCCGCAAAUAUCUCGAUGGCGCGGAAUUUCGCGCUGGACCUACAAUUUUGCCUAGUACGGACAGGGAACUCAUGAAAGAAAUCGAAGAGGGCAUCAAACAUACUAGAAUGGGAAAGAAAGCUGGGAGUGGCAUUGGUGGCGAGGUCCUAAUGAAAGGAACAGGAAAAGCAAUUGAGAAAACCCUGAUGUUGGCGAAUUGGUGGCAGCAACAAGAAGGUGUGAGGGUGGUGGUUAGGACGAAGAGUGUAGCUGCCGUGGAUGAUAUUGUUGGGGUUGAUGGGGAGGAUGAGGGUGUGGGAGAAAGUGAGAGUAGAAUCAGGAGGGUUAGUGUGUUAGAAGUGGCAGUUUCCUAUAUUUGA